UUGAUCGUUUUAUUAGAUGUGGAAUGGAAUCCUGGUUUCCUCUCUUCCUGCUUCAUUUCAUUCUCUCGUCCCCCCACAGAGCCUCACUUCAUCUCGGCCUACGACAUCGGGCUCUUCACCUUCUUCUUCCUGCGGGAGAACGCCGUGGAGCACGACUGCGGGAGGACGGUCUACUCCCGCGUGGCUCGGGUCUGCAAGAACGACAUGGGGGGGCGCUUCCUGCUGGAGGACACCUGGACCACCUUCAUGAAGGCCCGCCUCAACUGCUCCCGCUCCGGGGAGAUCCCCUUCUACUACAACGAGCUGCAGAGCACCUUCUACCUGCCCGAGCAGGACCUCCUCUACGGCAUCUUCACCACCAACGUAAAUAGCAUCGCGGCGUCCGCGGUGUGCGCCUUCAACCUGAGCGCCAUCACUCAGGCCUUCAACGGGCCCUUCCGCUCCCAGGAGAACCCCCGCUCCACCUGGCUGCCCACCCCCAACCCCAUCCACAACUUCCAGGUGAGUCCAACCCGUCUCCAGCCAAUGAGAGUGCCGGCUGGGACGGACUCACCGCCAUGACGCACCAACAUCGUGAGAGACACAUCGCAUCACAUU